CGCACAGCGCUCUGGAAAGUUGAAACGCCGGCAGAGCGUCUUCUAAAGCGCCGCGCAAGCCGCGCUGGACGUAGAGACUAGCGCAUCACUCGCCCGACAGCCCUGUGCAACUGCUCGCCAAGUGGCAGCCGCGACCGUGCCCUAGCACUGGAGAUAUCGCCGCCAUGCUGCUCCGCCACCUCGCGACAAGAGCGCCGCGCGCCGCCGCCGCAAGACCGUUAGGAUCCUGGACGAGCCGCCCGCACAAGGACGGCAACUACAAGAUGAACGGCGCGAAGAUGAUGUUCGUCGUGAGGCACGCCGAGCGCCACGACCGGUCGACGCCCGACGGGUGGUCGGAGCUGGCAUUGAGACCCCAGGACACGCCACUCUCGCAGCGCGGUUUGCGGCAAAGUCGUAGAUUAGGCAAGUGGUUCUACGGCAAGCUGCCGAUCCACCGACCUUUGGCCAUUUUCGCGUCUCCCUUCAUCCGCUGCAUCCAGACUGCCGACGCCAUCGCCGUCGAGCUGGAAGGUCUGCAGCGGGCGGGCGUCUUCGGCAAGGACAACCACUCCAUAAAAAUCUGCGUCGAGCCGGGACUCGUGGAGGACAUGCGGUACAUGGGCGGUCUCAAGCACCGGGAGCCCUGGUACCUCAAGGCGGCGGAUCUGAUCUGCAUCUCGCCUCGAGUCGAUCUGACGUACCAGCCGCUGCGCGACGUCCAGUUCCAGCGGGGCCCGACGUACCCCGGCCCCUGUGUGGAAGUGGGCGACCCCGUCCACCGACUGAACACGAUCGCGCACGAGAUCGCGCAGCAUCCUUUGGUGGCGGCCGGUGGGACGGCCAUCGCCGUCACGCACGGGAAACCGUCAGCUGACUUAAUCCGCUCCUUACAGCCGGCGCCGAACGGCAUCGCUCUACCUUCCUACGAGCGCAUCAAGGCGGGCAAGUACGACGGGCCGCCCUUACAUUAUACUGCGGUUACGGCCCUACAGAGAGAUGAUGAUGAUGAUUCGUGGGACCUCGCACCAGGUUUUGAACUGUUUUCUAAUUCUCAUGAUCCGAGAUUAGUGGCCCUGAGGCAGAACGACGCCGACCGAGCCACAAGAUAUGUGGUAGGGGAACCUGCCAAAGCACCUAGAUACGUCGUCGGCGAGACGAACUUGACGAGUGGCGGCCCCGUCCUCAAGGGCAAGUGGCGGCCCUGCGGCGCGAUUGAGUUGGAGGCUAUCGAGUUACGCUCAGCUCACGUCGAAGCGGGCCAGCGCGUCACGGUCACAGGGCCGGACGGCGGCGAGGCCGUGUCUAUAACAUUACCGCAGGAGUACCGGCCCGGCGACGUGGUGCGGGUACGAUUGAUUGGAGACGCGUGCCGGACGGAAAACGAGGAGACCGAGAAGGUGUUAGCGAAGCGUUUUGGAGGAGGCAUGAUGUAUGGGUCGUCCUGCACGCCGCCCACCAACGCUAUUGAUGAUGAAAAAGAUGCGAAGAAGCUCGAUAAGGCCGUCGAGGCGUCGCAGAAGCCGGCGACCGAGGAGGUCGCCGCCGCGAAGGCCGUCGCGUGACUUCCUCUCCCCCGCGUUUGAGUGUAUAGAUUUGAAUCAUGCGA